AUGCAGUGCAAUCAUGCAGCUCUUCUGACAUCAUCAAGGGCUAGACGUAGACGUACGUCUAUGCAGCAUUGACACCUGAAGAUGUGUGCAUUUUUGUCUGUCUGUAGACCGAGCGAAUGCGUCGAUGGGUUUGGAUGGUCUCCCUCCCUCCAUCGCCCUUCGUUCCUCCGUGGAAGCAGCAGCCAAAAACUUUGGCAUCGGCAACAACGUCGACGCCAGAGUCUAUCACCGCGGAAUUGGACUGCCUUGCGCUGCGGUAAGCAGGAUUCAGACACACCUACCACAUAAGGCAUGUACGGAUGUGUAAAUUCAUGAAUGAUUGCGUCUAUCGCAUUCUCACUCUGCCUGUGUGUGUGCGUUAAUGCGUUCAGGCGGAGCUGGACCUUUCGAUUCGUCUCUGGAAACAGUUUCUCAACAGCCAAGCCACGGGCACGACGGCAGCAGGAGCGUCGACCGACUCGAUUGGCUAA